UACUUCUCCUUGCAGUUAUAUAAGAGGAGAGGAGAGAGCAUAGAAGAGGAAGAUUAUGGAUAAUAAGAGCAGGAACAAAGUAAUGGUUUUGGAAGCAGAAGAAGAAGUUGGCGGUGGUGAGUUUGAGCAUCUCCCUGAAGGUUGCAUAGCGAAUAUAGUUUCGUUCACCACUCCUCCAGAUGCCUGCGUUCUCUCUUUGGUCUCUUCCUCCUUCAGAUCUGCCUCAGUAACCGACUUCGUAUGGGAAAGGUUCCUCCCCUCCGAUUACCAGGCUAUCAUUUCCCAAUCUUCCAAGCCCUCCACUCUCACCAAUUACUCUUCCAAGAAGGACCUCUACCUCCACCUAUGCCAUAACCCCCUCCUCAUAGACGCUGGUAAAAAGAGCUUUGCACUCGAUAAACUGAACGGCAAAAUAUGCUACAUGCUCUCAGCCCGAAGUCUCUCAAUUGUUUGGGGAGACACUCCCAGGUAUUGGAGAUGGACUUCUGUUCCAGCGGCCAGGUUUUCGGAGGUGGCGGAACUUGUUAGUGUGUGUUGGUUGGAAAUAAAAGGUGGAAUCAAAAGUGGCACGUUGUCUGAAAAAACAUUGUACGGGGCAUACCUAGUGUUUAAGCAAAGGAGCGGGGGUGCGUACGGGUUCUAUAACCAGCCGGUUGAGGUGUCGGUUGAGGGUCGGAGGAGAACGGUGUACUUGGAAGAAGCGGAGACACCGCGGAGGCCACGUGAGCAGAUAGUUCCUGGGAUAUUCAGCCGCGUUCGUUCUCGUUUUCUGGAUAGUUUCGAUGCAGCACCGCCGCCUCCACCGCCUAAUGCUAAGGGGGGAGGUGAAUAUCCGAAGGAGAGAAGCGAUGGGUGGAUGGAGGUGGAAUUGGGUGACUUCUUCAACGUCGGCGGAGAGAAGGAGAAGGAGAAGGAGGUGGAGAUUGGAGUCUACGAGGUCAAGAGUGGUGGGUGGAAAGCGGGCAUUCUCGUUCAAGGAAUCGAAAUAAGGCCCAAACACAAAAAUUAAAAAGCAUGCACAAUUUACAAUGUUGUUUCUUCUUUUUUUUUUUUUUUUUGCUUGUUCUACCAAUUAAAUUUUUUAUAUAACCACGCUCACUCGCCUGCUCUAGAAUGAUUCGUACUUUAGUCAUUCAUUUUUUUAUUGUUAGUCUUAAAUUGAUUUUAUAAAAUGCUAGUAGUUAUUCAA